GUAUUACAGAGAAAAUAGUUGGAGAAAGGAAAUAAGGAUGAAGAAAAGGAAAGUGCCAGUGAAGAAUUCAUCAAAAUUAAAGAAGCGUAUGAGAAGCUGUCUACUAUUAAAAAGGAGAGGGCUUGGAAGAACAAAAGAUCUGAGGAACUCUGACCUUUUUUUUUUAUUCUUUUCUUUCUUACACAGAUGCCUUUACAAGUUCUUUGUAACCAAGGAGUGAGUUAGUAGGACUGCCUAAACUUAACUGAUUACUUAAUUUUUUUUCUAAUGCUGAUCAUUAGCGUAACUUAUUAAUAGUAAUAUGAUUAUAAUAAGGUUAUUAGUACUACAAGUAGUAAUGAAAAGGUCUUCAAAAGUCAGUGUAAUGGGUAAACUGGAGAGACCUGGAAGGCCUAGUAAUUAAUUGCCUCUUGGUGACUAUCCACUUGUGGAGCCUUCACGGUGCAACAGGUUAUAAACCUAAAUGACAGUGAACUAGGCAUGUAUGUACAUGUUCUCCUGCAUCACCAGGUUGUUACUACUAAUUAACACUUAUUCAAACCAAGAUGAGCUACGUUGGUUAAUUUCUUUUGGGGGUAUAAAUAUUAUGCCUUUCAUGCUCAAAGAGGGUAUUAAAUUGUACACAUUCCAUUGUUAUUUUUAUUGCUUGCUGAUUAUAUAAUAUGGAUGAUGUA